AUGGCCACCCCAGUAAGGUCUAUUGAGCUAUCGACCGCAUCCCACUCACGUUUAAUUGCAGGCUAUCCACUCCUUCUAUGGCUUUCGGCCUUCUACGCAGACAUACGAAAUUUCCCUGGCACAACCACACCCAUUCGACCUUUCUAUCCAACCAAUUACCCGUACUACUUUGCGCUCAAUUCCACCGCGCCCGUGCCCGAGACUCCGUUUCCGCUGUUGGAAAUCGGAUCCAUGACUGACGUUCUAUUCAAUGGUCCCGACCAUUCUCCCAGCGGUCAAUUCCGGCAAGAACUAGCAAAUGUAUUCCGCGAGAUCAAGUACUGGCCGCCCAAUACUUACAUAAAUGAGUUUGUCGACUGGCAGAAGGCUGGCAGUGACCUUGAGAAGAGACGAGCCGCUCAAAGGUUCGCCACAAUCAUAUGCAUCGGAUUCUGGAAUAAUAUUUCGCCCUUAGACUUGGCUUCGAGGCCGUCGACUUGGCCGACUUACUGUCUUCGAGGCGGUACUAUAACCUGGCCCACCGACGUUACCGAUAGGGUUGGCAUCCUUUAUCACCGAGUAGAGCAAUCGCCAACUGCUGAUGCUGAUAAACCUAUUCCUGUUCUGACCCAGAUGUGGGUCCCACUGAGCAGUUCAUCUAGUUCAUCCAGUUCAUCCAGUUCAUCAUCGGGAUUUGCUAUCAAUCUGGAAGAUCUCCAGAACGAUCGGCCUCUGUCGCCAUUGGAGGUGAAAACACGCGCUGGUGGUAGAAUCUACCGCUCAUUCUGGUUGAAUCCGUGGGCUGCACAUCGCCGUGCGGCUGAAGUCCAGCCGUUGUUCGAAACGGGGACGGCAUUCGGGGAUGGGGGAAACGAUGAUGCUCAAGACGACGAUGACGACGACAACGACUCCAUCGCAGUUGGGCAGAGUUUGCCGCUUCAUAGCGAUGUCAACCCCGCGCCGCUGCAAAGUGGGAUUGCCGGCCGGAUAGCUCCAAUGCCUGCUAGCGGAGAUUUCAGUUUCUGGAGCUCUGUGACAAACCCUCCAUCAGGAACAGUCGGUAUACUCAUCAGCGAUUCAAGCCUUGAUUCCAUUGUGUCUGGUCUGGAUUCGGGAAUGAUAAGCCUGGCUUCCGCACCUACAACCGCUGGAGUCGCUUUCGCUCAAGAUGAUGAGAUGACUUCUUGGUUCUCCCAACUGUUCUCUAGUUGUUCUCUCAAGGGAUAUGGGAGCAGCUCCGUCUUGGAUCAAAUUUCAACUCAGAUGGCCUUCGCUACAGGACUGUUGCAGUACAGCACCAACUACUUCCCAGUCGCUAUGGGCGAAGGAAGCGCGCCGAUUCUCCCCGUUCCUCCACAGCCCAUGCAAGGCAUUGUAACAAACAACCUCAUCAUGGGGCUGUCAUCCGCAACAGCACAGGAUGGAAAGUCGCCCUUCACCUUGAAAUUCCUGAACCUCAUCGGCGAGCUAUACCGCGAAAGCCCAAACGACAUGCCCGCCGGUAUGGUUCUCCUCGAAGGCCUCGAGCUUGAGAUCGACGUCAGCGAAGGCUCACGCAACGCCAUCUGGUUCUCACCCGUCUCGCAGUACAAUACAGUGCACCGAUCACAGUUCGUCGUGAAGUCCUCCUUCCCAAGCAAGCUCGCCGGCGUCCUACAGGUCAAAGUUGCGGACGGGUCCAUGAUUGUCAUCACCAAGAAGGAGUUCGAGUACCUCACAAAUGGGGAUGACAAUAUCACCAACGGCAGUGCCACCAUCAAGCGAUCGCUCGCAUUUGUGUCCAACUCCGUCGCUAUCGCCGGCGCACCACCUGACUCGGCGCUCACACUUGUGAUGGAUGUCAACCAGGACAAAUACGAGAUCAUGCUGACGUAUCCGGGCACUCAGCGCUUGGAUCCAGGUUAUAUACUGGACUGGCUGGUCACGAUUGUCAGCGGCGGUUUGUUCACGACACCGGUGUUCGCGGAUCUUCUACGGUCGAGGGCCAUUCCGGGCUUCAGACGCGUAAAGCUUGUUUUGGAUUCUGCCCAUGAUGUUGUGCAGUCUGUGGAGCUCGAUCUAGAUUGGCAGUUAGAUUUUGGAAGCAGCGAUGAUGAUCCGACGGUUUCGGUGCUGCUUACGUAUAAGUGGACGAGGUUGAGCGCAAAACAGUCUUCGAACUCGCUGAGGGCGGCGCUGUGGUAUCGUAAGUUUUCCAACUAUUCUCUCUUCUCCUCUUUGGUGAACCCACAUAGAGAGGUCUUUCGCGUUACUCUCAAUACCCAGUGUGGACCCAUCACUGACGAAGAAUUCCUUCAGCGACGCAGCCACUAA